CGGAUAUGCACGGCCUAAUUAUUAUUCCAGACAGGCUACGUCAGGUUAAACUUUUCCAGCCAGGGCCUUCAAGGGCCGAAGAGAGGGGAGAGAAGUGGGUAUAUAUCCGACUAGGACUUCUGGAGCUACGUUUAAUUUAUCUUAGGUCCAAGAUGAGGGUUAUCCUUGCAGUCAUCCUAUUCGCUGGAGUGGCCCUUGCCAGGCCCGACGGCUACACCACCAAGUACGACAACAUCGACCUCGACGAAAUCCUCAACAACGACAGGCUCUACCAGAAGUACUUCCAGUGCCUCACCAACAAGGGGAAGUGCACUCCUGACGGCAAGCAGUUGAAGGACAUCCUCCCUGACGCCCUGAAGAGCAAGUGCGCCAAGUGUAACGAGAGGCAGAAGAAGGGAGCAGAGAAGGUGUUCAAGCACCUCCUCGACAAGAAGCCCAACGAUUACAAGACCCUCGAGAAGAUCUACGACCCUCAGGGUACCUACAGGGCCCAGUACAAGAGCGAAGCCGAGAAGAAGGGAAUCAAAAUAUAAAAAUAUCUGUGAUAAACUUGUAUGAAUGAUGUGUGUUUGUUUUUGUUUGUAAAUUGUUAUUUAAUUAAUAAAUAAUAUGUUUAU